AUGGCCGAAGAGAAGUCAGCAUCGGCCCCAGAAGUCCAGUUCAAAGGAAGCUGUGCAUGCGGAAGAGUCACAUACACAUGCACUAGUCCUCCCAGAGAGGGAUUCACGACAGCAUGCCACUGCGUUACGUGCAGGAAAAUAUCCGGCGGUCCAUUCCAGGCUUUUGCCCACGUGUUUGCGGCGAAUCUGACUAACUUCGACAAGGAAAAGAACUCCCGCCAUGAAGGACUGCCGAAGGACGACACGGGCGGCAUCGUCUUUCGUCGCCUCUCGCCAGUCGGUGAGAGGGCAUUCUGCGGAUCUUGCAGCACGUCUUUGGCAAUGCGAUACAAGCACGAGCCUGACAAUAUUGGGGUCACACUGGGAACGAUUGAUGAAGACUCAAUCGGAAGUCCAAAAGUCAAGGAGCUGUUGCAGCCCAAUCAGCACAUUUUCAUGAGCCAGAGUGUAUCAUGGCUCCACAUCGAUAAUGACGGUGUGCCCAAAUAUGCUCGGUUUACUUCCGGGGACUUUGAAGAGAACAUGGCGUCUUGGAUCAGCCACAACAAGGGCAAGGAAUGA